GUUCCUUCCUUGUCACCAGACUACAUUUAUUUGUACAAAAUCCAAACAUGGAAAAGAACGCACCAGCAACCCACGUGCCCGUCCAGCAGCCAACGACUGUAAUCGUCCCUCCGCAUCAUGUUGGUGGCGGAGGCGGUGGUGGCGGCGGCGACUGCUGCUGCUGCUGUUCGGUGCCGUCCACUGCGUCACGCGAAGUCAAGAACACACGGAGAGCAGCCAUCGCUAUCAUCGUCAUCCACGUCAUCACCGUUUUACUAUCGGGAUUGCUUCAAACUCCAGGCAGUUUGAUUGGCAUCAUCGUGGGCAGCGCCGUUCUGUGCAAUUUCUCACGGUGCGCCUACAAAGCUGCGUUCGUGCUGUUCAUCGUGGGCCUCCUCCUCGACCUUUGCUCCCUUGGCGUUCUGACGUGGUUCAUCGCCACAUCCGAAGGCGAGAUGGGCGAGGGAGUCGAGUUGUCAACCGGUGUGAAGAUUGCGUUUAUUCUACCUGUUGUCCUCGGGGUCCUUUCGUUCCUCUUGGGCGCUGUCUUCGCCCGCAAGGCCAUCCAAAACUGGCAACGGAGUGGUGCGCCCGACGUGCUGCCGCUCUAGCCAGACACAGGUCGGCUCAAGCAGGUCCGGUCCUCUCCUCCUGUGACGUAUCUGUCAUCCAAACUCUCCACGAUUCAACGCGCGCCCCCAGCGCCGCACGAAUUUCACCAGCUGGGAGAGAGUCCCACGCCGCACUAACCCUUUGUACGACCCCGACAAGAGGGUCCGGGUAACGUACGUAUCCGUAGCUGACACGAAACAUAGCGCUUAUCAACAGGCACCUGUUGCAGAGGGGAUAGUUCCUACAGCGGGCUCCCCUGUAGAAUUCAUCCUUAGAAGUUAGUCUAGAACCACCUUAUUAUGUGUUAAUGCGCUUACAAAACGCACUCGUGCGGGAAGCCUCUAGUGUAUAUGUGCAUGUUCUGGUUCGAAGAAAAAUACACACUUCAACUUCAAAAUAAUGGGGGGUCGAAGCUUAAUAUGGGGGGGUCAGUGAUAUAUGUUACUUUCAUCAUUUGCAAUACCAGCAUCGUGGUAAUAUGUACACUUUGGUGGCACUUUUCGGGUCAGCAAAUGUAGAAACAUGCGAUGCUGUACUGUACAUUUGGGGUUUAUUCGUAGCGUUGGCACAUGCAAGAAGUCAUUGUCGUUAGACCUCUGAGUCGGAUGAGGUGUUGGUAAGAGUGUGGCGUAGACGACAGGGCUUGUGUAGGGCAGUGAGGGGUACAAAUGGUGGUGUCCAGGUAAAUAUCGCUCGAUCGUUGUUGUUGUUUUCGGAGGUCCAUCAAAAAGGUUGCGCUAGUGAAAGAAAGGCGGAUGGACUUGGACGGACAUCCAUAUCUCGACGACCCGAAGAAGAACAUAAAUUUGUUCCAAAAACACGCAUUCUCCU